AUGGCAGACAUCCACCAAUGGCGCAAGAAGGUUCCAGCCCGCUCGCGGGCAUCAACACCGCAGAGUUACGAUGAUCUUGACCACCAAAGCGAAGUGGGCUCCGUGGGAGAGAGUCACACACCAAAACGCCGCUCGAGGCCAAAACUCUCAAGCUACAUCUCCUACCUGUCCGGCGUGAACGCGAAUAGACCUGAAUCGCUUUACAAAGCAGAGACGUCCUCUCUGAACCCUUUCGCGCAAGUCAAGCCUCGCGAGGAGAUUCGUGCGGUCAACAUCGAUUCGAUGAUCGGCUCUCUUCACGCGACGCUUAUGCAGAGUCCCUUGCAAUCCCUCUCUGCCCAGCACAACAGUCGUCUAUUCCACCUGUUCGAAGCAUACCGCAACCUGGCUGAAGAGAAGGAAACCCUACAAGCAAAGCUUACAGAAGAGAGGGAGCAUCGGCUGGAGAUUCUAAGCAACUACUGCGACGCAGAAAACAGAUGGCAAGGAGAGGAAGCAGACUACAAAGCGGAAAUUCGGAGGCUGGAGCUACUUGUUGCGCAAGGAGAAAAGGGGAUUGCGGGUGUCUUCAGAGCAAGACAGGACAGUGUGCUCAAAAAGAGGCAGGGUCGCCAGGACAAGCCCCCUUCAGCCAACCGUCAGACGAUGUAUGGCUUGGUUGGGGAAUCGAAGCCGGCCCAGGACUCCACGAAGGAGAGGCAGACAGUUCGCGUGCUUGAUCGACCGCAGUCACCCUCUCGCAGAAUGACCGUACUAUCAAAAAAGCUCUCAAUGAGAAGCUUGCGUCACGAUCUGCCCUUCGGUACUGCUCCAUCGACAACCCACGCGUAUUCCCUUGCCGAUGUUUCGUACUUAAAUGAGAAUUAUAGUACCACAGAUAUUGACAAUCCGUCUUCCCGUAAACGCUCGAACACUGUCACAAGCGGGAAAGUCUUGUCCCUCUGCGGCUCAUCAACCUUCAGUUGCGUGGGCGAUCCUCUGCCGGAUGAAGUUGAAGGAGACGAUGACACAGCUACAGUGACAAUCAACAAGGAGUUCCAGGCGCUGCGUAACAUGGCCACCAUUGUUGCACGCCAGCGAGGUGUCAGCAUCGACGAUGUGCUUCCAUCGCUGGUUGGUCUCUUCACUGGUACCUCUACCUCUACAAGUCAGGCCCUGCCAGAGCCGUCACCGGAGCAGUUCAUGCCUCAAACCCGCAAUUCACAAGCGCAGACAACCGUGGAUCAAUCUCGCCGACUCCUACCGGCCCUGUCUAAGUCCAACUUGCUUGUGCUCACCCAUGACCUCGAUCUACCGAUUCACGCUGCUGACUCAAUCGUCGAGAGUGUCGUAGCGGAUGAUAUCAGCCGCCAGCUACCGAAAGCCUACAUCCGCAAAGGUCGGCGCCCGUUCUCCUUCGAACCCGGGGAUGAUACCAUGGGCGCGCGUCGUGAGAAAGAAGGCAAUUUGAUGGGCGAUCCAGGCUUACAGCCUAUCUCAGCAUCGAGCAGCCGGGAAGCGACUCCCAGACCAUCACUUAGACAAUACAAGAGAGUGUCAAGCGGUCACAUCCAGCGCAAGAGCACCCGAUGGGUCAACCGCGCCGUGAAGCCUCUACGUCAAGCGUCUGUACGACUAUCCUAUAUCCUCGUGUGGAUACAAGCAGGCCAGUAUCAGAGCCUAACUCGCUUCGAGGUGGAGGCACUGUAG